GAGAGGCGCCUCCAGUGCGCAACGCCCCCUACUCACAUUCCUCGUGCUUGAAAGUUCACUUUUGAUUGUUCCCGGUCGUUGUGGGCCAAUACAGCGUUGAGGUCUGGUAGAACGGUACCCAAAUCACUGAGUAAAUCAGAGAAAGGGGGAGUGUUGCAGUCUACAGUGCAGAUCCUCCGCGAAGCCAAGAUGACCAAGCGCAAAGGAAAAAGCACCAAUAAGCAGGACGACAGUUUGCUGCUCUUGGAGACGCCAUCUGUAACACCACCGGGAGGAUUUAAAGAAUAUGCAGUCCCUGCCAUUGUUUUCUUUAUUUUCGCUGUCGGGGGAUCAACGGCGGUCUGGUUCUGCAGCCAGCAGCAGCAAACCAUCGACAGUCUGACAGAGACAGUCAAUGCAAUGCAACUUAGGAUAACCAAGUUCCAACAACAGUUAGGGGUGGGUAAUGCACAGAUUGCCAAUGUGGGUGUUUUUGAAGAGCGUCUACAAGCACUGGAAGAGGCUUACACACAGGCCCAAAAAAAGGCAGAUGUUGCACUAGCCACAUCAGAAAAAAUCAAAUCUACUGAUCUUCAAAGCCAAUUCUGGUCUCUUCAGUCUGAGAUGAAUGCCAAACUUUCUGAACUCCAGCAGGAGUCUGUUUCCACUGCAACGUUAAAUGCAAUUGUCAAGAAUAAGACUGAAGAAAUUGAAACUCUGAAGCAGAAGCUUCAUUCUAUCCUUACUGCAAACUCUGAGGUAGCUGUUACCAUUUCUGGACUCACGGACACUGUUUUGGUCACCAAAACACAUCUCGACGAGCAGAUGUCCACUAUAGAAGGUCUCACAUCUGAGUUGGAGGAACAAAGAAUGGAACUUUCAAGCCUGAAGGAAUCCUUUAUCAGCAACAAGAGGGCUCUUAAAAGAAACAGACAGGAAGUGGUGGACAUCAAGGACAUACUGGAGAUAGAACAGGCAAGAAGAUCCCAAGUUCUUGAGGAUCAACUUAUGGCUGUCCGUAGGAGUCUGGAGGACCACCAAAAGAGUACUCAUUGCCUUCACUCUCGCCUUGCUGCCCAACCUGAGAUCGUCCAGAGUCAGAUGUUAUCUGAAAGCCAGCUAUCCAGUUCAGAGGAAAAUAGUCCAGUAGAGGAGCAGCAAGUGGAGCAAGCAGAAACUCAGGAGGAAGUUCCAAUCAAGGAUGAAGGAGUUGAAGCAAAGGAUCAAGCCAUUACCAAGGAGGAAACAGUAGAGGAGUUUCAUGUUGAAGAAGGGGAACGAGUGGUGCCUGAGGAGGACAAGCCAGCUGAAGAGGUUCAGGUUCAUGGGGAAGAACCUGUUGAAAAACAAGCCGAUGAGAAUAAAAUUCCUGAGGAAUCUGAAGUCAAAGAAGAUGUUGCUGAAGAGCAAGCAGUAACUGAGGAGGAUGAACAAGCUGAUGAGGUUCCAUUCCACCAGGAUAUUGUUGAGGAGGAAGCAGUUACUCAACAGGAUGAAAUGCCUGAGGAGCUGCAGGUAUCUGACAAAGAAGUACCAGCUGAGGUCUUUGGGGAAGAAGAAUCUAUUGAGAAGCAAGUAGUAACUGAGGAGGAUGCGAUAACUGAGGAAGUUCAGGACAGCGAUGGAGAUGUUAUUGAGGAGCAAGCAGUAACUGAAGGGGAUCCGAUAUCUGAGGAAGUUCAGGUCAACGUUGGAGACAUUAUUGAAGAGCAAGCAAUAACUGAGGGGGAUGAAAUAACUGAGGAGAUUCCAGAUCAAGAAGAAGACGCUGUUCUUGCCAAAGAAGACCCAACUUUCAUGGAAGAAACAGGAACUGACACAAGUGUGGCCGAGGCUGUUGAGAACUUCUCUGAAGAUCAGGUGGUUGAAGAUAUCAGUCAGGAGCAGAUGUUGCAGGAGCCACUAGAAGACACUGAGAAGCAGAAAGACUUGGAAGAAAUUGAAGAACAUGUGUAUGACUCUGAAGAAGAAGAAGAAGAAGAACCUGCUGAGGAGAUUAUGGAAGAGCUAGAUGAAAAAGACAUUUCUGCCAAUGAAAGUUAAGUUCCUGAGAACGGUUGAAUGGUUCCAAAUAAAAGACUUUUUCUGAGGACUUGAAAUUAUCCCGUUUCCCCAAUGAAUUAUGUGAUACAUGGUAUUUCACAUUUGUUGAAAUGUUCCUCAGUCAUACUUUGUAUACUCAAAAGUGAACUUUGAACCUAGCAGUGAGUUUUCCAAAUCCAAUGAUGAAUUUGUUUUUCUAGUGAUAUUUCUUAAAAUAUUCAAUUGCUCUGUUUACACUGAAAUGUAGAGAGUGUUGAUAUUGUUUUACUAG